ACAGAAUUACCUGUAGAUCGACCCUCAGCCCCCAUACUGGGACCCAAACCCAUUCAGAUGGAAAAGUUGUGGUUUUAAUUCCAGUACUGACUGGUCACACCCACUUAGUUUUAUAAAGCCACGGGCAGGAGUGAAGUAUCACACUUGCUCUCAGAGCUGGAGGAAUUGAUUCAGUGAGUGAACAUGGCGUCUGAUAGUUUUACCACACAGCAAAACGGAUUCUCACUCUUCACUAUAGACCGCAUACUGGGACUGGACCGACCUGAGCAGAGGACCAUUUACACCCCUCACAGACCAUGGACAGAUGUACAACCAACACAAGAUGAUUUAAAGAUGAAUAGCUCACUGGAAGUUUUGGUGACAGAUAAGGGCAAAUGUGAAGAGUCGGUGGAGAGCUGCAGACGAUCACCAAGCUGGUGUCUAGGAAGGAGACCAAGGACGGCCUUCUCCAGCUUACAGAUUGAGAUACUUGAGAGCGUGUUUCAAGUGAACUCCUACCCAGGCAUUGAUGUACGAGAGGAGCUUGCCCAGAAACUGCACAUCGAUGAGGACAGAAUACAGAUCUGGUUCCAGAACAGGAGAGCAAAACUUAAGCGUUCCCACCGAGAGUCGCAGUUCCUCAUGGUGAAAAAUGUCAUCAGUGGUCUCCAGCAGUGAUCAUACUUUUUAACAUAAAUGUUUAUAUGUAUAUUGUAAUAUAUUCUGUGUAAAUCACUAUUCACAUGUCAAAGUCCAGGCUUGUUAGUUCAGUUUUAACCCAGUGUGAAGCAUAUGUGGUCUUUGUUCGACCACUAAAUUAAUAAAUAAAAUGUGAAUUAUAAAACUAGUU